AUGAGCUCAAGCGACGACAGUUCAUCCAGGAAAUCCAGUGAAUGCCAUCGAUUCUUCGGCUAUGGCAAACGCAUUCCAAGAGAUGUAAAACGACACUGCGGUAUGUGUCGGCAGCAUGGUGUGGUUGUCGAAACACGUGGCCAUAUUUGCCAGUUCAAAAACUGCGAAUGCGAUAAAUGCAAACUCGUCCGCAAGCGGCGCUCCAUUAUGUCAACCCAGAUCCGCCUACGGCGAGAACAGGACAAGAGAUUCCAGCGAACCACAAUUGCCUCCGAAGCCGACGUUGUACCGUCCAAUGGCGUUUUCGAGCCAGAAAAACGACACGACAUCAGCCUUUGUUAUUUCUGUCAGAAAUGUAAAAAUCAUGGCGUACUGAUGUGGAAAAAGGAUCACAAGCGGAGUUGUGAAUAUGCAAAUUGCCGUUGUGAGCAGUGUGAUCUUAUUGACACCAGAAGAGCACUAGAUCGACACAUCAAAAACAGCAAGGAAAUGAAAACAGGUAAGUCAACUCCUCCGAUUACUUCUCAUCCAGCUCGUCAGAAGAGUACAGUUCUGGAAGUGACAGCAACCUCUGGUCCAUUGCCGUUCUCCAGCAUGCCAGUCUCCUUUGCGUGCAAUACUGAUGCGAUUCCUCUGCUUCCGAUUCCUGACAUUCCUCUACUGAAGUCGACAAUAAACCCCAGCGGAUCAUUGAUGCUGCCCGUCCUACCUUCGACGUUCCUGCCGUCUUCCAGUCUAAAUUCCUCAUUGCUUCCUCUCUCGUCUUUGCUAUACAGUGGAUUCGUACCCAAUACCUCAAACGAUUUCCUAGUUUCGAAUUUUCUCAGUGCAUUAUCGCCAUUUGAGAUACAACUGCUUUUAGCAAGCAUGCGCACCAGUACUGAUACUAGUGCUUGUUUAAAUUAUGAUAUCAGCUCAUUGUUGAGAUAA